AUGGAUGCUGCUGGCAAGACCCCUGUGGGGACCCUCCCUGGGGAGGAGAGCCCCGAGAUGGAUUUGUCCCACCGGUUCUCCAAGAGAGAGCUGGCCCUGCUCUAUGAGGAGGUCCUCUACACCAUCCGGCACCGCCUGGGCAAGCCUGAGCACCACCACGUCGCGGACUCACAAGAGCUCUACACCUAUGUGCAAAAGGCUUUUGGCAUGGAUGCGGAGGAGCACAGCGUCAUCAUGCAGCAGGUCAAGGAACUGGAGAACCCAAUUUUCUGCCUCAAAGCAACUGUGAAGGAAGCCAAAGGGAUUUUGGGUAAAGAUGUCAGCGGGUUCAGCGACCCAUACUGCCUGCUGGGCAUCGAGGCCAAGAGCCAGGAACCAACCCACUCCAACCACAAGAAGCGGAUGAAGGCUGUGGUCAAAGACCUCAUCCCUGAAGACCAGAUCCAUCGCACACAAGUCAUAAGCCAGACCCUCAGCCCAGUGUGGGACGAGACAUUUAUCCUGGAGUUUGAAGACGUGGAGACGGCCAGCUUCCACCUGGACAUGUGGGACUCGGACGUGGUGGAGUCGGUGCGGCACAAGCUGGGGGAGCUGACAGAUCUCCACGGCCUCAAACGGAUCUUUAAAGACGCUCGCAAGGACAAAGGGCAGGAUGAUUUCCUGGGGAACGUGGUCCUUCGCCUGAAGGACCUGCACUGCUGGGAUGACCAGUGGUACCAGCUGGAGCCGCGGACAGAGACGUACCCCAACCGGGGACAGUGUCACCUGCAGUUCCUGCUUACUCACAAGAAGAGGACCACCAUGAUCAGCCGGACACAGCCGAGCUACACCGUCCAUCGCCACCUCCUGCAGCAGCUGGUGUCCUACGAGAUCCUCCAGCACCAGGCUGGCAGCAUUGCCUGGGACGGGGAGCUGAGCAGGCACGCCAGCACCGUGCUCUACCUGCACGCCACGCAGAAGGAUCUCUCCAUCUUCCACCAGGUCAUGGCGCAGUGGCUGGCAUACAGCAAGCUCUACCAGAGCCUUGAGUUCAACAGCAACUGCCUCCUCCACCAGAUCACCAGCAUCGAGUACCAGUGGGUGCAGGAGCGUCUGAGGCCAGAGCAGAAAGCAGAGCUGGCCGAGUCCUUCCAGUCCUUGCUGACUUAUGGGCUCUCCCUGAUCCGGAGGUACCGCAUCAUUUUCCCCCUCUCUGUCCCAAGGUCCACGGAGAGGCUCCAGUCCUUGCUCCGAGUCUUGGUCCAGAUGUGUAAAAUGAAAGCUUUCCACGAGCUGUGCACGCUCAGCCCCGACCUCCCCCAGAUGGUCUCCACAGCACUGAAGUCAGGCACGACAGAGUGGUUUCACAUGAAGAAACAGCACCUCAAGCCCAUGGUGAAGAGCAUGGAGGAGAAUGGUAAAGCCUUGUCCAGACUGCUUGUGGAGGUGAUAGGAGAUCUCCAGCAGUGCCAGAAAAUCUGGAAUAAAUUCUUCAUCAACACCUUGAAGUUGAAUCUCUUCUCCAUCGCCUACCUGGAGCUGGACAGCCUGGUUGCGGAGCACGUCCAGGAGCAGCUGCAUGAGGUUGACAGCAGCAUGUCCAAGCCCACGGCCGAGAGCCUUUUCCAGCUCUACAUGAACCUGCAGGAGCUCUAUCGGAUGAAGGACUUCCUCGCAAUGAGGGAUGGACCUCUGGCUCUGAGCAGUUUCCAUCAGUGGUUCAAGGAAGCUGUGCCCCAGUGGCUGCAGAAGGCCUACACCAUCGCGCUGGAGAGGGCACAGAGAGCUGUCCAGAUGGACCAG